GAGGCGGGGCAACCGGGAAGUGGGAGGAUGAGCGUGCGAGCACCACCGCCGCCGACCAUGCCGGAGUGCGACUGGGCGGUCAGGCGGAUCCGCAAGGAGCUGAAUUUGCUCUGGCUCGACCCCCCGGCGUUCUGCCGGCCCGGCCCGGCGCCCGUGACGGACCUGUUCCACUGGGAGGUGGUCAUCGAUGGGCCCGACGGCAGCCCCUACGCCGGCGGCACGUUCCCCGUCGACGUCGCGAUCCCCAAGAAGUACCCCAUGAAGCCCCUCAAGAUCACCUUCAAAACUAAGGUGUACCAUCCCAACAUCGGGCCGGAGGGGAGGAUGGCCCUGGACAUCUUCGGGGAGUGGUGGAGCCCGGCGAUCACGAUAAGCACGGCCCUCCUGUCCGUCGUCUCCGUCCUCUACGACCCCCUGCUCGACCUCCCCGCCCGCCGCGACGCCGCCCUGCAGUACAGGCACCAGCGGGGUCUCUUCGAGCAGAAGGCCAGGCGCUGGACCCACAGAUACGCCUCGGCGCCGGUCGCCUCCUUCUGUCCGGCAGCGGCAAGGAAGGAGCUGCUGGAGGAGGCGGCGACUACUGGGGCAGUGGCACGUCGUCGUUUUUGUGGAGUGGGGAAAUGGCGUUUCUUCGGGGCUCGUCUCCUUGCCAUCUAGUGCAUGAGUUCGGCCGUACGUUCACCGCGAUGAAGUUCGUUCACCACAAGAACUACUGGUCUAGUAAUUUCGAUAGAGUGGGUUGUCUUUUUUAUUUUGCGGGGUAAAAGGAAUUUGUAUUACUCAAGAGCCAAGAAGGUCCUCCCUACACAAGCUAGGGAUAUUGUCCGGGCUCGGAGCGGAGCCAGACCACAGUACACAAGCUAGGGAUAGAGUGGGUUGUCUUAAUUAGUCAUGUUCGGAUGCUUACUGGCGUUGGUGUGAGCCUCGUUGUACCGCACUGAGGCGAGGUGUGUAGUGGUCGAUGCAUGCUCCUACGCAACUUCUGAAAACAGAAAUUAUGGUAUCUGUGCCUUUGUUCCGUGUUCUUAUUGUACUAAGUUGUGUGCUGCCGUUAAGUUAAAAAAAAAAAAGUGUGCUGCCGUUUGUACGAUCUA